AUGUUUGCAUCUGUUCUUGCCCUCAAGUAUGAGCAUUUCUUGGUUGAGGCAAAUACAAUUGAGGUAGUUGGGAUCGAAGAAUGUGCAGAUAAUGUAGAGAGCAACAUUAAGGCCAACCAGAUGAAAUCUUAUGCGCUAUCGAUUUGUGCAAGGCUUCACGUAACAAUAGAUUGCAAACUAGAAAUUGGAGAGUUCAAAACAAAAGGAACUGGCGAGCUGGACGAAGAAGGAAAGUUCAUUGUCAACCUUCCUAUUGAUAUGGUAAAUGAAGGAAAACUAAAGGAAGAAUGCUAUGCUCAACUUCACAGUGCCUUAGCCACACCAUGCCCUGCCCACAGUGGCCUAGAGUCUUCCAAGAUUAUCUUCAAGUCCAAAAGCAAUGGUAAACACACAUUUGGGCUUGUAGGGAAACUGAAAAUUUCACCCGUAACCUGCACUUCAGCUUUCUUAUGGCAUCAUCACUUCAAACACUCACCAUUACCCAAAUUGCCACCAUUGAAAAGCUUUGGCCAUGGCCAUCCAUAUCUAUUUCCUCCGAAGGUGUUUCCUCCAUUACCUCCUAAGGUGUUUCCUCAACUCCCACCAAAGUUCUUCCCUCCAAAGCCUUUCCCUCCACCAAUACCAGUCUAUAAGCCUCCACCUAAACUGCCAGUUUUCAAGUCCCCUCCUCCUCCUGGCCCAAUCUACAAACCAAAACCAAAGCCACCUCCUCCUCCUAUCCCAAUCUACAAACCAAAACUAAAGCCACCAGUUUUCAAACCUCCUCCUGUACCAAUCUAUAAGCCAAAACCAAAGCCACCUCCUCCUCCUGUCCCAGUCUACAAACCAAAACCAAAGCCACCUCCUCCUCUUAUCCCAAUCUACAAACCAAAACCAAAGUCAACUCCUCCUCCUGUCCCAAUCUACAAACCAAAACCAAAACUGCCAGUCUUCAAGCCUCCUCCUGUAACAAUCUAUAAGCCAAAACCAAAGCCACCAGUCUUCAAGCCGCCUCCUCCUGUCCCAAUCUACAAAUCAAAAUCAAAACCACCAGUCUUCAAGCCUCCUCCUUCUGUCCCAAUUUACAAACCAAAACCAAAGCCACCAGUCUUCAAGCCUCCUCCUGUUCUUAUCUAUAAGCCAAAACCAAAGCCACCUAUCUUCAAGCCUCCCCCUGUUCCAAUCUAUAAGCCAAAACCAAAGCCACUUGUAUUCAAGCCUCCUCCUGUUCCCAUCUACAAGCCAAAAACAAAGCCACUAGUUUUCAAGCCUUCUCCUCCUAUCCCAAUCUACAAACUAAAACCAAAGCCACUAGUCUUCAAGCCUCCUCCUAUACUAAUCUAUAAGCCAAAACCAAAGCCACUGGUCUUCAAGCCUCCUUCUGUUCCUAUCUAUAAGCCAAAAUCAAAGUCACCUGUCUUCAAGCCUCCUCCUGUUCCCAUCUAUAAGCCAAAAACAAAGCCACCAGUCUUCAAGGAGGGCAAUGAUGUUGCCCAUCUUCUUGCUUCCCAUGCUCAUCGUGUUACUGAUGUCAUGGCUUUUGAGGGUGCUUUGCCGCCCCAUAUUACUGUUGCUGAAGCUGCUGAUUUAGCAGCUUUGUUAAUGAAUUUCUAUUUCCAUUAA